AUGUAUAUUAGACCUCCAGAGUAAAAUAAUAACUUGGCUUAAGUUGGUAUUGUAAAUGAUGACCUUGAGCUUAUAAAAAAUUUAAAAGUAUUCAAAAGUUAAUAUCAUAAAGAAUGUAGAAUAAAAAUUAACAGUUGAAGAAGUAAUUGCCACUAUUGGUCCUAUUCCUGAUGAAAUAAACCUUGAACACAAAUUUAGCUUUACGGAUAAUUGUUAUGAGAAAUAAGAAGAGUCCAUUAUCUUUACAGAACAAUUAGGAGAAUUAAAAUUAGGAGGACAUAUUAAGUAUAAGUGUAAAGAACUUUACUGCAAAAAAAAAGGCAGUUGUGCUCAUUGUGCUUGUUUUGAUUGUUGUGUCAUGUGUUGUAAAUUGAUUUCUUGUUGUGGAUGUAAUUAGUGUUGCAAGUGUAGCAAAUGUUGUCCUCAGUAUGAAGCUCUUCAUUAUUAUCAAAGUCCAUCCUAUAUUCUGCAAAAUGAGAUAAUCAGAUUUGAAAAUUAUUCAACCCAUGCAAAACUAUACAUUAAGGAUAUAUUAGUACUUGAAUUUCAUUUUUCCCUUUAUAAUUGCUCUGAUAAGUGUUGUGGUAACUGCAAAUCUAAUAUUCCUCAUAUAUAUUUUAAAAAUCCACUUAAUGAAAAAAAUGAAAAAAUUUAUUUUGAGCCAUUAGGCAAUAAAUGUCCAACAAACCCAAGACCUUGUUUCUAUUUAUGUGCUAUUUGUUCAUUUUUUGGAAUUUUUUAAUAGGAACGAAAUAUUGCAGUUAGUGUUGGAGAAAAUGGGUCUGCCAAAAUAAUCGCUCGUAGAUCAUCAAAAAAUGCCUUUCUUUCACAAUGUGGUUGCUAAGAUUGCUGUUGUCAUUUCAUAGAUUAUCCAGAUUUUAACAUCAAAUUCACAAAUUUAUCCUAAAUACAAAAAAUAGGUGUAAUUAUGGCAACAAUUAGCUACACAAUACAUGGUAGAUGGGCAAAGUAUUCUUAUAGAGGAUUAUUAAACAUGAAUACAUCAUAUGUUGAUUUUUGA